AUGGUAGCCCUCACUACCGGCACACUCAUCAUGGCCAUCACAGCGCUCUUCGUGACCAUCGGCACCUUCAUGGCCGACUACAACGAAACCCACAUCAAGAAUCCGCGCUGGCCACCGCACGCAAAGUUCCAUAACGGGCAAACUAUGACUCUGUCAAUUGUCACGACCCUGCUCACUCUAUACUAUCUGUUCCGCCCCAUCCCGCUUUCCCGAAACUCACCGCCGUCCACGAUUCAAGCAGUAAGACGAAACGACUUGUUCACAGCAGCAUUGAUUGGGAGCAUCUACUGCGCGACUGCGCUCUCUGGGAUAUUGUAUCCUGGGACUGCAGGCACGGACCCAGAGUUUGGAGAAGGCUUCCCUCAGAAAUGGUUGUUCAGUGGGCUUAUUACGCUGAACUGGGUGGGCUGGUGGCUCGCAUAG